UCCUGAUUAUAUAUGUAUAUUUUAAACCUUUAGUCGGUUUCUUUAUAAAAAGUAAAAUUUACUCUUGAUUGACAUCACUGAUAAAUUUUACUAUUAAAUUAGAGAAUUAUGUUUUGAUAUAUUUGCUUUAGGUCAAACUCAUGGAUGUUUUUUACAAUUACAAUUUUAAUCUUGUAUGUGUUAUUUUACUUGAAAGGGAUCUGAAGCAAAGGUCAUGAUUCCUGAAACGUUAUAAUUCUCUAAUUUAACGUUAAAGGACGAUGAGUAAAAUUGAUCGAUUUUUAUUUCAUUAAGAGACACAGUACGUAAUGUCUUCAUAUAUGUAAUAAGACUAUAUUGCUAGUUGGGCUCGGAAGAGGGUGAAAACACGGUACGACUUGAUGUACCUUGACAGUUUUGCGCUCGCGCAAAAGUCGCUCUCGCUACCGCGCGCUCCACACGUGCCUACUAACUAUGCAUGUACUACGCUUGCGCACAACAACGCAGGUACAUGAUUUUCACUACGUCUAUCUCUUUUUGAUUUCACCCACUCUUCCUAUGGGAUAAGUCCGACGUUAGCAAUAUAGUCUUAUUACAUAUAUGAGUGUCUCACGCCAAGUAAACGCGCAGCGCGGGUCUGCUCCGUGUAUUAUACGUGAGUACGUGACUUCCGGGCACCUAAGAUUAUCAGAUUUUAAUAACGAUUGAGCUGAUCGAGUUUUAACUAGGCUUAAUCGAAAGUUUUAAGUGUAACGUAAAUUAUACAUAUUUUCUUAUGUUUUUUUUUAUUGCUGAAUACGAUAAUAAUAUUCUUCUGUUUAAACCUGUGGAAAAGUGAUUAAAAUUCAUCUGAAAUAAAUCAUUUUGACCCUUUAAGAAUAUUAUUACCGUAUUGAGCGACCCCCAAAAUUUAAAAGUACAUAUAUAACUUUUGUUACACAUGUGGAGCUAAUAUCAGUCAAUUUUACUCAUUCUUUAUCAAUAAGGUCUAUUAAAAAAAAGUUUUAUUUUUUGUUAAUUAUUACUAGCAACAACAAUGACUUUAUAUUUUAUUGUUAAUAAUUAUGUCGAAGCAACUAAAAAAAUUAUAAUAAUAAUUAAGAACUAAAUUUUUAGUCGUAAUUAUCAAUCAAUAAGUUGAUUAAAUUUUGCCUAACAUUGAUUAUUUUAUAAUUGUAUAAUUUGUAGAUUUGUAAAUAGGUAUACGUAUUUACGCAGCGCAGCAAUAUUACGUCAAACCGUUUUCUUAUUCACAUUUACUUAAUUUGAACUAUAUUCGUAUAUAUAUAGUAUGUUUCUGAUAGGACAAGAUAAGAUAACAUAAAAGGUCUUUUUAAAUUCAAUUUUGUAUAAAAUUAAAGUUUUUUUAUUUAAAGAGUCGAUUUUAACCGAAAGUUAAAAAGACUGAUGGUUAAAUAAUUGGCUCUGUAUCAAGUUUUUCGUAGGAAAAAAAUUGUCUUCACAUUCGUCAAGUGUGGAUAGGAAUCAAAGAAGCGACUUACACCAUGUAGAUACAUGUAAAAAAAAAAGGAUAAAAUUUGGCUGAACCUAUAAGGUUGUAUUCAAGUCAAAAAAUAAUAAGAAAAGGAUGUGCCAAAGUGUUCACGUUAGACGAGUGAAAUAAAAUUGUGAUAUUUUAAUUAUGAAUUGUCUAAUAAUUCACGAUAGAGAAAGGAAGAUAUAAAUACAUAAGUAUAAGCGCACUAGUAGAAGCUGCGUUUUGUCUCGAUGUUUUAGUCAUGACAUUUUUUCUUUUCAAGAUCGCCAGGAGAUCGACACAAGAAUGCAUUUGUUUCGAUCGCAGUGUUUACAAUAAUCUCUUGAUUCAUACAGUAUCGACCGAACCAUAGUUCUUUGUGAUUGUAGCAUUGAACUCCUUGUGAGCUUCUUAAAACCUCUUGUAACUUCUUAUUCAUAAUACAAACUGUCAUCACUGUGAAAUACAAAUAAUUAGCAAAUAAAUCUUUUCUUCUGAUUAACCGUGUAUUAUUGGUGUCCGCAUAUCUCCCAUUCUUACUUUGUUUCUACCAUACUCUAUGCUUAAUAUUUUGAAUGCUUAUACAAGGUGAAUUUUAAUGAAUGCUGACUUUUUAUUAUGGGAACUGGAUUACUGACUUUAAUAUACACAUGUACGGCAUAUGCAUCUACAUAUGUGUAUUAGAAUUGCAGUUGAUAACUUAUCUCCCAUGUUAAAAAGUUGGCACAUUCAUUAAAAUUCAGUUUUGUGUAGUUUAUUUUAGUUUUAUUUAGAUUUAAUGACUUCUCUACGAUUAAAUUAUACAUGUUGCUUGGUUAUAUUAGUGAGACAAGAAUAUGUAUAUAUAUGACACGAGAUAUUUAUUUGUUGUAUGAAUACAAGAAGAUAAAAAAUGAGAGUAAGGAUAACUAAUAAAGACUGACAAAAAGGAUGACUGACAGACAAGCCGCUCAAUCGCUCCUUCUGUCUUUUCUGGUGAUCACAGCGCCGCUUCCGCCGCCGUCUGCUAUGCACUCGGGUGGUCCACCACCAACAAUACAUUUAAAUCCGAUAAGAACUAAAGCAAGAACCAUCAAACGUAUUGAAGAUUUUCACUAUAGUUGCAAAGCCGUUUUUUUCUGCUGAACGCAAUCAAUCUCAGGGUUCUUAGCCGCGCUUACGGAAGUCUUAAUUAACUUCUGCGAGUUUGUACAUCCCGAUACGGAGCAACCCCGAAAGCAAUUCCGUAUCGCUCCAGAAAGAUAUGCUGCGUGAAUAAACCGCGAGGCAGUUGCAUUUUGAUGUCGAAACACUUAGCUUCUCGGAAGCUGCAUAACGCAAUUGUUCACUGACUUAACGAAAUUGCACUAUAUCGGCAGACAAUCGGUCGAUAUGAACAUGUACGUGCAGUGAUUGAGCGGAGAGUACCGAGAUACAUGCCAUAGUGCAUACCACUAACGUUCCGCUGGUAAUCCGAUGCGAUGCAAAGUCAUAUCUAUAACGCGGUGCGCUAUCUGACUUACGUGCACAACUACAAUAAAUAAAACUUCAAAGUGUCAACCAAGUAUGGAACGGGAAGGUUCUGUUAGCACACAUCCCAGUAGCACACAUCCACUCAUAUCGGCCGAUGCCUAGAGAUUUACUGUUAGACUACCAAUUAGAAGAUUUUAUAUUUAAUUGGCAAAUUGGCAUUGUGGGCUAUCGGAUCCCUCUCGUGUGGAACAGUGUGUUAGAAUUUUUUUGUCUAUUCUUCUACUGGUCUUAACCUUUAAGGCAAGAAAAUUAUUUAUUAUUUUCUAUACAUAUUGUUACGUCCGGCCGAGAUUUCGAGCCGGCCGUCACGAUCCAGGCGAGGAUCGCGCUUUGCAACGACGCGUUGCCACGACAACGCGUACGCCGGCGAAUUUACGCGCUCACGGUGCCGGGCCCGAGCGAUCACGCGCUGCGAGCGUGCGGGCUACUCUACCGGCACGCACGCGUUAAUUAAAAGCGAUAAUUCUUAGCGAACCAUACUAGAUAUCGCAAAAACACAAAAAGAGGAGUAAUUCUCCCCCUAGCCGGCUUCUCCCUGAGGCGCCUCCAACCCGGGCAUUUAAUAGCAAUCGCGUAAAUCGCCUAAUUAACGAGACGAAUUAAUUACUCCUCGAAAAAGAAACGGGCGAACGCUCCCGCUAGCGUCGACGCAGCCACGCUCACGUGGGACCGUUUGGAGUAGAAUAUUAGAGGCCCAACGCCCUUAAUUAAUCGAUAACGAGCUAAAUGAAAUUGAACACGCGGAGGAACACGCUGCGCCUUCGUGUUCCAGAAUUUCGCUAUUCUAAACUCCACUCAUAAAAACCCGAAUAAGGAAUGCAAGCGAUUGCAAGGAGCGGGCGAUAGUUGCACGCCCCGCGACUCAAAAUUACAAAUGGGGAAGCGGAAUUUCAUCUGGUGACCAUAGAAUCGGACACGCUAAUUCAUUAAUUACGUGACAGGCACUAGAUGAUUUACUGCUCUCCUUUCCACGCUCUUCACCCCCGAACUCCCUCGGUUAGGAGUAUAAAAGCCGCGAUUUUCGUGCGAAAGGAGAGAUUUUGUCUCCUCGUCUCGCGCCGAAAGGUCGUUUGACAUAUUUCGCAUUGUCGUGUAAAGACUUAGAAUAUUUCGCAUUGUCAUGUAAAGACUUAGAAUAUUUUCGCAUUGUCGUGUAAGGACUUAGAAUAUUUCGCAUUGUCGCGUAAAAACUUAGAAUAUUUUCGGUUUGUCGAAUGAAGACUUAGAAUAUUUUCGCGUCUCGCAAAUGUGAACUUAGAAUAUUUUCAAUCAAUAGCGUACCGAGUUAUAGCAUUUACGGUAACCGGUAACAUCAGAGAAGGCAAAUUCUCCCUCACACUACUAAUUCGUUUUAUUAUUUUAUAGUUAGCAAUUCCCGAUUUCCGUGAUCGUGCGUGCGUGCGAGUGCGACUGUAAUAGUGCAAUUAACGAAUUGUAAAGGUGCGAGUUCUCUCUUCUUUUUCUUAUUUUAUUAAAACCACUACAGUUAUAGCAAGCAAUUUCUUUUCUUUUUCUUUCGUGCGUUCCGUUCUCGAGCCGUGGAGUGUCGUGCGACAACAGUGGUGCUUCGAUCAUUCGUGAAAUACACCUUCCUCUCACAGACAUUGAGAGUGGUGAACCUGGCGUUGAGCUGUAGUUCCGUAAGGAACUCAGUGGCCCUCGUCACUCGCAGAGUGAGCGCGUUCGCGUUCUCUCGCGGCACCCGGGAGGAUCGUCUGCCUCGUUCAACUCUCUCUCUCUGUCGCCUCCUAUCAAUUCGAGGACGAACAGCCAACGGUGCGGGAAGGUGCGCGCUGGAAAGUGUACACCCUUCCCCGUCAACCGGCCCUGCGAAAGUCGAAAGACUCUAGCAUAGGCGCGGGGUAGUCGGCGCGCGUUCGCGUUCCGACAAAACCGACAGCACCGGAGCGGACACCGAAUAUGGUGCCGCUAUCUAACCAGGCGCCUCCAUCCGAACUCAUGGUGAGAGGUAUACAUCCGUCGAUCCCUUUCUCUAUCCACGCCGUUAGGCGAUCCAGCGGGCACCGGAUAGCUAGAGAAAUUUCGCGUAAAGCACAGCCGGGUGAAUCACGAACGGUAUCGAACGCCCCACCACUCUAAUUAACAAAUUCAUUAUCCUAACAUUUGGUUUAAAAAGAGAGAACUAAAAAACAGAAAUGGCAUUCUCCCAUGCAGAUGGGAAGAUCCUGCAGGGGUGGACGAUGGGCGCGGUUGAGGCGACUCGUUGAAUUAUUGAAGGGGGGCACGAAGGGCAGCGGGCCGUCUCCCCGAGAGCCCGCGGCAGGGUCGUCGCUCGAGUCACCCGCGCCCCCGGACGUAUUAGGGGCCUGCGAACUGAUUCCGCGCGCCGGCAGCCCCGAACAGUCGCAGUCAGAGGAGCCCGUUCGACUUCUCCAGACCGGUCGUAGUGCGCCUGCAGGCAUUAGCCCCUGGGACUCGCCUCUCCAGCAAAUUGACCUUAAUAGGGCCAAAAUAAAAUAAAAUAAAAGAAACUCAUUCAUAAAAACCGCUAUAAUUUUCUUACGCACACUCCACUUCCAUAAUCCACUGCUUCUAUUCGCGCUCUCUCUCUGUUUCCGCUCGGCGGAGUAGAGCAAAUACUAAAAAUUAAUAAAAGAAGUAAACGAUGCGAUCCUUGGCUCCGCCGGACGUAACAAUAUAUAUCUGCAGUACAUGUAUACAUAUAUAAUAGUUCAUACAUUUACAGUUAUAAUAGUUUGUUUUAAUAUAUAAUAAAAUGUAGUAAUUAUAAAUUGUGUAAAAUAUUUCAAAUGUUAAAUACUAAAACAAAUUAUCUGCUAUCUCUUGAAGUAUGAUAAUUGCAUGUUUUUAUGUACAAUAAUUUUGAACUUUUUUUUACAUUUAAUUCUGUCAAAUUAUAUUCGCUUGAUAAAACAAUCUCAUAUGCUUUGAAAUUAAUAUCUAAAGUAAAGUUCUUGGUAUCGGUUGGAAUCCUGCCACCGAUAUCUUCGAAUUCAGCGUCUCACUUUUGAAACCAGUUAUGUGUUCAAGCAAACGUAUCAUCCGCUAUUGCAAAACUAUACGAUCCUCUCGGAUGCGUCACUCCGGUAGUUAUAACCGCGAAAAUCUUUAUGCAGCAAUUAUGGCGACAAAAAUUAGACUGGGAUGAUACGCUUCCCACCACCCUGUUAUCUCGGUGAGAAGACAUUUAUUCUCGGUUUGUGCAUCUAAGAGAUAUGCAGAUCUCCCGAUGGUGCGGACUCGGGUCGGACGUUAAGUCCGCUGAAAUUCACGGCUUCGCCGACGCGUCAAACACUGCUUACGCUGCUGCAGUCUAUCUUAAAGUUGUCUCGUCGGGACAAAUUACAAUCUCCCUGCUAGUCGGCAAAUCAAAGGUCGCGCCGUUAAAACCGCUAAGCGUGCCACGAUUGGAAUUAUCAGCUGCAUUACUGUUUCGUGCGCGAAUCACCCGGUUACAGCAACCUUGCGUAUUUUUGUUAGACGGACUCCACGAUCGUCCUCGCGUGGGUGACUCAGCAUCCGUUGCGAUGGAAGACAUUUGUUGCCAAUCGCGUCAGUGAAAUUCAGUUUCGUCUUCCAAAUGGGAAAUGGCAACAUGUCUCAACAGAAGACAAUCCCGCGGAUUGCGCUUCGCGCGGCCUACUCGGCAACGAGAUUGUCAAUCACGACCUGUGGUGGCACGGACCAUCUUGGCUGCGCCUUGAUGCUCCCGAAUGGCCUUGUUCCAACGCACGAUUUCCUCCGCAAGCUUCAUUGGAGGAUAAGGUCAUAGCUUUGCAAUGUUUUCCACCGAUCGACACUUGGGAUCUCACGACACGAUAUUCCUCAUGGCCAAAGUUAAUUCGCGUCACCGCUUAUAUUUUGAAAUUCGCUUAUGCCGUUUUCGUCGCUCAUAUUUUAACGACAAUUCAUUGUCGUCCACAUUUUGCUCAAAAACAAUUGUUAUUUCAGCAUCAGAUUGCAACGAUGCCAGAAUCUUUUGGUUUAAAAAAAUUCAAUCGGCCAUGUUUCCGGCGGAAAUACACUCUCUGACCAACAAUUAUCCCCUCUCAUCUAAAUGUUCGAUUCUCGCUCUCCGGCCGUUCCUUGAUAAGGACGGAGUUCUACGCGUGGGUGGACGAUUGGGCAAGGCCCCUCUUUCAUUUUAUGUUCGGCAUCCGAUUCUUCUGGCGGCCCAUCCAUUGUCGCUCAUUGUAACUCAAGCUCAUCUACGGGCAUUGCAUGCUGGACCUCAGCUCACGAUAAGUCAGUUACGUCGCGAUUUCUGGAUACUCCGCGCUCGUAACGUCGUUAAAUCAAUAAUUCAUAACUGUAUCGUAUGUACGCGCGAACGCGCCGCGAUUCCUAUCCCUAAUGGGCGACCUUCCCGAGCCUCGUGUGUCGGCGUCUGCUCGCAGUUUUUUGCAUUGCGGGGUAGAUUAUGCUAGUCCCAUGCAGAUUCGCGCCUUUGCAGGUCGAGGCACUACAUCGCAGAAAACCUAUAUCGCCCUUUUCAUUUGCUUAGCGACCAGAGCGAUACACUUGGAAUUAGUCGGAGAUUACUCCAUCUCGGUUUUUUCAAACGCCUUUUCUCGUUUUUGCGCACGUCGCGGCCUUCCUCAGGCAAUGUAUUCUAAUAACGGAACAACGUUUGUCGGAGCUGAUCGAGAAAUGACCAAAGCGUACACAGCGGCUGUGCGCAAUCCUAAUUUUUUAAAUUUAACUGCUUCGAAUAAUGUGACGUGGAACUUCAUUCCACCGUCUGCUUCGCACUUCGGCGGCUUGUGGGAGGCCGGCGUACGAAGCGUUAAAACCCAUUUGCGUCGCGUAUUAGGCAUUCAUAGGCUCACUUUCGAGGAAUUUUCAACCUUGUUAUGCAGGAUCGAAACCUGCUUAAAUUCACGCCCGUUCGCACGUUGGCAGUCAAUGCAAGUUCUCUAAUUGCUCGAUCUGUCGCAAACGUCACAACUCGCUCUUGCAUUUAAACGAUUACGCGACCGCGAAUAAAUUUGGCGACACCAAACCAGAAGUCGCGAAGGAAGAUUGAUUAACCGACGUAUCCGGGGGAAGCGCGAUGAGCUUUGCGUCGAUGUGCCCUACGUUCACCCCGCAAUUAUUAGCAAGUGCGAUCGUUUACGUUUCCGACAAUAAACAUAAUUCCGUUAAGUGUCGAGCUCUACUAGAUACGUGCGCGACGGCCAACUUUAUAUCCGAAGAGUUCGUCAAGAGAUUGGGCGACGCCACAAUCCGUUCCGGUCGGCGCGAUCAACGCCAUGAGCUCAAAUUCACGGGGGCUGGUGCAAGUCACAAUACAAUCGACGCAAGGUAAAUUUCGAAGGAAUGUAACGUGUCUCAGGCUAUCGGUCAUCUCAGAUCUUAUUCUGUCUGGUCUGAAACUUUUCCGCGGAACGCGAUCGAAAUCCCCAGGAAUAUAAAACUGGCAGAUCCGGAAUUUCAUGUGCCGCGUCCUGUCGAUCUGCUGCUCGGAGCGGGAUCCACCCUGUCGCUAUUUUUCGUCGGUCAAAUCAACUUAUCGGAUGAUGAAUAUGAUCUAUAUCUACAAAAAACGUGGGAUGGCAGGGAUCAUACUCUCUAUUUUUUUUAUUAUAGGGGAAAAAGAGGAAAAUCUUAAUGAAAAAAGGGGAGAUUUCUGAUGAAAUAAGGGGAAUUUUAAUUGAUAAGAAACAAUUAUAUAUGUAACGUAAUGUUAUUCUUCUUUAAUAAAAAUAAUCAUUAAAAAAAACAAAUUUUUUUAAACAAAUUAAAUUCUUUCUGUGUGAUGUAUGUAUGAUACAUAUACACGCACGCUCAGCUUAAUAUCUUAUAAACUUAUAUAAUAUCUUACAAACUUACAUAAAUUAAUAAAAGAUCCAAUGUUAUCGCAGUAAAAUAAUUAGUACAAUUGUUUUAUUUUAUCACAUUUGGAUAUUGCUUAUUUUUUACUACUAAAUGGGUUACUGACAUUCUCACUAGCUUUAAAUUUUUUAUUAACUGUAUUCUCUCUCUUAAUAAGUUGAGAUUUCCGUUUUUGAACUUUUCCUCUUAAUUUUUCAACUCUAACUCUUUGUUCUUUCUCUUUAUUUCGAAGAUUUCCUAAACUCCCUAUUAAUUCUUGUAAAACUAUUUUAUUUGUGACGGACUUAGCUGAAUUUUUCAGUAAUGUUUGCAUUUGUUCGGAUUCUUCGAUAGUUUCUUUAUACGCUUUCUCUUCAGAUAUUAACUAAGAUUUUAAGGUUUUUAUGCUUUUACAUUUUCUAAUAUAGAUAAUUCCUUUUUUUUACUUUCUUCCUCGUCUGCUUCUUGUUUUUUCUUUUUUUCUGCAUUUUUUUUCUGCUCAUCUAAGUAAGCGUAAUAUGAACAACGUGCAUUUCGUGCAAGUUUUAAAAGUUCAUCUGUUAUCGAUACUUUGUAAGGCAUAGAAUUAAAUCCUUUUAAUUCAUCAAUUACUGAAAAUCUGGCAUUAAAUGUAUUUUCAUUCAUAUUUAUUUUGUCUUCUAAGCUAAUAAUAUUUGGAUGAUGUUUCCCAAAAAGUUUUCACAUCACACGAUAUGUGCAAGCGUAGCCUGCGACAACAAAAUAUAGACCAACAUCUGUGAUUGGUUAGUGUCAAUAGGCGCGCUCAACAGAACAUACUGUGGGUAGUCGAACAUGAUUGGCUCUUACUAUUAAAGCAACAAAUCAACGUCAAAUUUUAAUAAGACAAUGGGCGAGUUCAACAGAUCGAGCGGAUUAGUGAUUCUUUACUGCGAUUGGUUUCUGCUUCUAAAUCCAACGAAGAACUAAAGGCAAGAACCAAUCAUAUCAGAGAAUCACUGAGCGCUCACUAAUCUGCUUCGUCUGCUGAACGCGCCCGUUAACUCACCAGUUGUUAAAAUAAACGCAACUAUUUACAAAAUUUAAAACUUUAAGCCCGUUAAGACACUAAAACUUUAUGUGCCAUGUCAAAAAUAGAGGAAAUAGAGGAGGAUUGUGGGAUUUAGUGUAAAAAAGGGAACAGUAAUGGAAAAAGAGGGAAAAGAGGAAAAAGUACGAUCCCUGGGAUGGAUCGUCGCUGGUAGCUCCGCGAAGCAGAACAUUAUUAAGAAAGCAUCGUGCUACUUAACAAGCUUGAAAACGCAAAUUGCUAAAUUCUGGACAAUUGAGGAAAUCGCGACCAGUAAAAUCAAAUCAAAUGAAGAAGUCAGUUCCGAAACGCACUUUGCAAAUCACACGAUUCGUAACGACGAAAGACGAUACGUCGUGCACUUACCGUUUCGUUAUCCUGAACAUCGCAUUGGCGACUCGCACACUGUCGCAUUGAAACGCCUACUUGCGCUAGAACGUAAAUUAAAUCGCGACACUACCUUAAAAGCGGAAUAUACUCGCGUCAUCGAAGCAUAUAAAACUUUAGGGCACAUGUCGUUAGUUGCGUGUCCGCGCGAUGAUGAUUUCUAUAUGCCUCACCACGCGGUAAUAAAACAAUCUAGUAACACCACCAAGGUACGGAUUGUAUUUGACGCAUUGACAAAAUCAAAGGACAACGUAUCGUUAAACGAUCUCUUGAUGGUAGGGCCCACUGUCCAAGAAAAAUUAUUUUCUCAUUUAAUACGCUUCCGCACAUACAACUACGUUAUAACCGCGAACAUCGAGAAGAUGUAUCGCCAAGUAUUAGUUUACGAGGACGAUAGGCGGCAUCAAAUGAUUCUAUGGCGCGAAAACGAUGAAAUUAAGAUAUAUCAGUUGAACAUGCUUACGUUCGGCGUUUCCUCAUCUCCGUUUCUCACGAUCCGCGCCGUACAACAGCUCGCGGUUGAUGACGGGCAUUUAUUUCCCAAGGCAGCCGCAGUGCUUAAACAACAUUUAUAUGUUGACGAUCUAUUAACGGGUGCGAAUUCCGUUCAAAAGGCUCGUGAACUACGAGAUGAAAUAAUCGCGCUUUUACGAUGCGGUGGAUUUGCUAUAAGGCAGUGGGCGUCAAACGACACACGCGUGGUACAGAAUCUUUCGAACAACGCUUUACACGCUAAUUAUGUAUUAGGCGACGAUCAAUCAUUAAAGAUGCUCGGUAUAUCAUGGAAUACGCGCAACGACAAGAUAUGCUAUUAUGCACGGGAAAUUGAAAUAUCGGAGAUACUAUCCAAACGAAAAAUAUUAUCAGAGAUCGCAAAAAUUUAUGAUCCAUUAGGUUAGGGCCAGUGGUCUACGUUAUACGCUAAACAAUUUAUACAAGAAUUAUGGCGCUCUCAGGUACACUGGGACAAACCUAACAUUUAUUUGAAAUGGUCCGAAUUCUCCCAACAAUUCAGAGCAAUAAACAAUGUUUCUUUCGAUCGUGGGCUAUUCAUACGCAGACGACAGAGCGUACAAUUACAUGGAUUCUGUGACGCCAGUUGUGCCGGAUACGGGGCGUGUAUUUACGUACGAUCAGUCGAUAGGGAUGGUAAGAGCAUUUGUAAGAUUUUAUGCAGUGUAAAUCUCGUGUAGCGCUGUUAAAGGCUGUUACAAUACCGCGGCUCGAAUUGUGCGGGGCAUUAUUGUUAGCACGCCUGUAUCGAGAACUACGAGACGCGUUAAAUAUCGUACCUGAUAAAGUAAUAUUCUGGUGCGACUCCACUAUAGUGUUGCAUUGGCUAAAAACAGCGUCUCACUUACUCAAGACUUACGUUGCGAAUCGCGUAAUAGAGAUACGUGAAAUCACGGAAACGCACGCGUGGCGCCACGUACGGUCCGAUGACAAUCCCGCUGAUGCAGUUUCGAGAGGACAAUUACCACAUGCUUUCUUAAAGAAUGAUAAAUGGCGCGUCAGCCCGGCAUGGCUAAUAAGGGACGAAACCGGGUGGCCUGAGCUGACAAUGCAGACUGUUGAAAUACCCGAGUUAGAGCGAAACGUUUGUUUGAUCACCUCGGACAUCGAUCUCAACAUCUUAGAAAAAUAUUCGUCUCACUCUAAACUGUGUCAAAUCGUGACGUAUUAUCUUCGCGUCCGGCCGACCAAUACUUAUCGCGGUCCAUUGUGUUCAAAGGAAAUAAGCGAAGCAGAAAUUCGGAUAAUCAAACUGCUUCAAUUGUCCUCAUUUGCCGAUGAAAUUAAAAAACUAAAAAAUGAACGAACGCCUUAUCAAGGUAAAUUAGCUAGUUUGAGCCCGUUCGUGGAUAACGACGACGUGCUACGCGUCGGAGGACGUCUGCAGUCCUCAAACUUAUCCACGCUGCAGAAACAUCCGAUGUUGCUCCCUAGUCGAAAUCGCGUGUCUGACCGCAUCAUACGCGAAGUUCACGAAAAUUAUCAUACCGGUAUUCAAGGUACUCUAUAUACACUCAGGCAAAAAUUUUGGCUGCUCGAUGGCAGAAAUCAGGUACGGAAGGUAAUAAGUACAUUCAUGCGUUGCUGUAGAUUCGACUCACGAGUGACGGAAUACAAAAUGGGAAAUCUACCUGAAUCCCGGGUCUGUGAGACAAUACCCUUUACAACAGGUAUUGAUUUUUGUGGCUUUUUCUUUCUUUUCAAAGAAAAGAAACAUCGAAACAGAGCUCGAGUCAAGGCAUACGUCUGCCUGUUCGUGUGCAUGACUAUAAAGGCGGUGCAUCUAGAACUAGUGAGCGAUUUGACCUCCGACGGGUUCCUAGCGGCACUGCGAAGAUUUGCCGCGAGGCGCGGUUUACUUAAACACAUAUACUCCGACAAUGGGACGAAUUUCGUCGGCGCGAAUAAUCAAUUAUAUGCGUUAUUCAAUUCUCACAAACAUAUUGAACUCGUCAAUAGAUACGCAAGUACGAACCACAUUUCGUGGCAUUUUAUACCUCCCACCGCUCCACAUUUCGGCGGACUUUGGGAGUAUACUGUUAAAUUUUUCAAGCACCACUUCAAGCGCGUAGUAGGCGAUUUAUUGUUCACGUUCGAAGAAUUAAGCACUUUCACCACAGAAAUAGAGGGCAUUUUAAAUUCGAGACCUAUAACGUCAAUAUCAUCCGAACCGGACGAUUUAUCUGCUCUUACACCUGCCCAUUAUCUAAUUGGCAAACCACUAACGACUCUUCCCGAGGGCGAUUUGCAAUCAAUUCCAGAAAAUCGACUGUCGACCUGGCAACACAUCACAAAAGUGUGACAGGACUUCUGGACACGUUGGCAUCUCGAGUAUCUUAAAGAACUUCAGAAGCGUGCCAAAUGGCAUAAGGACACCCGCAACUUAUCGGUAGACGCUGUGAUACUCGUCAAGGAGCGGAAUCUUCCGUGCACCCAUUGGGCAUUGGGCAGGAUCACGAAGCUCUAUCCAGGCAAAGAUGGGAUAGCACGGGCAACCGACCUUAAGACAACCAACGGGGAAGUGAGACGCGCCGUAAAAACAUUAUGGAUUUCGAGGUUUCAACGGAAUUUGGCGGCUCAGGAUUAAACUUUACAAGCAUAAUUUUAUCAAUCGAAGAAAUCGCCAAAGUAUAUCGGCCCUAGCCACUCUCGUCAUAAUGCACAAUACCGUGAUUAAUCCGCUGAUCACGAAAGCAGCAUCCAAAGAAUAAAAAAAGAAAUAUUUACGUAAAUUGGCGCAAACUCAUGUAAGUUGUUACACAUUUUCGUUACGGAGGGAUAUUGACGUACGGAUAGAGAAACUAAUACAACGGCGACAUAUUUCAAGUCGGGGGCUUUUGUUUGUUAGAACCUGAUUCUAAAUGGCGUUUUCCUCUGAAAACUGUAGCGAAAAAGGAUGGUAAUGAUUAUCCAAUAAACGGAACAAAAAUGUAGAUUUUGAACUCCGAUGUCGCAAGAGUUCUUUUAGUAUUCGCAAAAACAAAUUCUUCCGCGGAAUACGAUACCAAAAUUUUUUUGUGGACCGCGAGUCGUUCAGUGUAACAAUGAUUCAAGAGAAUCCAGACAUCGAGGCAUUCGGAUCAUGCACGGAUUAAAUUUGACAACGUCAGGGUAUUACAAAUAACAAAAAUUAAUCUACGCACGCGCAGAUUAAUUACAAAAUAUAAAUCAUGCAUCCUUUACUACUUUUUUCUUUUUUGUAGGUGCCUAAAAGUGCUAUUUUAAGCGGACAGUCCUACAAAUUUUCAAAAUUGGAAAACCAAUGCAGAGUAGGAAUCGGGGCGAAACUAAUUGAAUUCGCACAGCACUGUUCAGAUAUAAAUAUACCAUACACUUUUAAAAGAAAGCAGAAAUUUGGAAAGAUCAAUUCUUUUUCCAAGUAUGCUUGUUAUUGAAAAAACUAUAUAUCUAAGAUUUUCUAUACAUUUAAGAGAUAAUUGAUUUUAGUCCAGGCAAUGUGAAAUAGUGCAAGCGGUAUCCGCAUUAGAAUGUGCCGAGUUAUUUAUUUAUUACGCAGAUAGAUUGAUAAAGGAUAAAAAAGAUACAACGAAAAUAGAUAUGGCCAACUGAGUUGCUUUCAAAACGGCGUUACACAUUUUUGACAAGUGUAGAAACUACAGAAGACGUCAACUUUACGGACCAAAUACAAAAAAUGUAUACGAAACUCAGUGACAUAUUCGAUAAGAUGAAAGGUACAAAAUUAUCAGAGAUUGUGGAAUAUAUUCUCAAAAGGUAUUCGUAAAUUCGUAAAAAAAAAGAAGUGGCGCUGCUCCGUACCUGGGAAAAUCAAAAUUCGGGAUGCUUUUUCAGCCUCUACUAAUCUUGCUGCGUUGUAAACCUGACGCCUUCUACUUCGGUAAUUGCUUGAGCGGUCGCAUUCAUUUGACCGACAAAUUACUUGACCGAAACCACUUGUUCGACAGUACACUUGGUCGACAGUAUCACUUAGUCGACAAUUACAUGACUGACAAAUAUACUUAACCGACACGGUAUAUUCAUUUGACUGACAGUUUAUUUGAUCGAUAUCACUUAGCCGACAGUACAUUUGACUGACAGUAGUUCUUAGCUAGCAAUUAACAUGACAUUUAGCCGACACGAUCAUUUGACUGACAGUUCACUUGACGAAACAAGGUCUAUUAUUGUACGGCUCUACAUAGGUUUGCACCUUUUUACGCAAAACGAAGUCUAUAAUUGUUCUGUUCCACAUAGGCUUUUCGUGUAAAACGAGGCGCGCAAAUUUGUAGGCUGAUGCUGUUCGGAAGUUUUACCAUCGUUUUCCUAUGACCAGAGGGGAACCUGAGAGCGGUCAUCCCGUAGUUUUUGGUGUUUCUGUCCACUAGCGCCUCUAUGUGCACAAAACGUGCACAUUGAACUAUGUAGUCAAUGUCUACGAAUCCCGUAGAUAAUGUGCACGACUUUUUGGGUCUCUCCCCGCUAUGUCCACAAUCAUUUAGUUCCGUUCCGUGCUAUAUCCGUAAUGUGUCGGUAACGCACACUUGUAAAACGAUGCGAUUGUGAACAUUUAAAAUAUAAAUGCAUAUAAUUGUAAAAUUUAUUUUUACGCUUAAUUUACAAAAGAUGUUAUUUUUAAUAAUUUGUUAUUUAAAAAUAAACAUAAUAUUAAUCGACAUAUUGUUCGCGAUUCUAUUGCUCAUAUCGGACGAGCCUUCAGUGUCGAGCCGCUGCGAUCAGCUGUUGCUUGACACGCAAGAUACGCGUGUCUUGAGCACGUUCGAGCCAGCGUUUCCCGGGUGCGACACGUGGAAUGUUGUCUACUGAUCGAUUUUACCCAAUGGGCUUGUAAUACGAUCCCACCGGUUCGCCGGAAUUUUCGUGAGAGCGUUCGCCCGCAAGUCAGUCGUACGCUUCUGCCUCUCUUGAGCACCCGCAUACUCAAUAUUCUUCUUAUUUUUGCGAACAGUAGCCCGUACGCUGUGCAUCCGUGCAUCUCUGUCGGUCGGACGCCGUGCUGCAUUGCGUGUGAACCGCUUCCGAUUCGAACCGAUUAUUUGUGAUAACUCACGAGUUUAUUCAUAGUGUUGAUGACGCGCGUGAUAGCGGUGGCUCGCGGUUGCGACACCCUCUUGCGAUUCGCGUCACCUUCGUCAUACGCGCUCAAGAUCUCCGCUCCGGAAGAGUGUGAAUAUCACAUUCGGCAAGAUUUCCGUCGCGUCGAUCUAUCGCAUUUACGAGGGUUCAAGAUCUCCGUUCGGCGCCCCGCUAUCUCGCUCUGUCCAAGUGUAUGCGCACAUGUGAAUUAUUUGUGACUCAUAAAGGAGUAUAGUGAAUUAAAGGAAUAAUGCAGGGUCUAAUCAAUCUGUCUAAUCAAUUGUGUGAUUUCCUUGCUCAUCACCCUCCCGCACUUCCUUCUCGCGACGCUCAGCGCUGGGCGAUUCCGGCGUCAUAUGUUCCGCGCGUGAUCAGUUCAAGUAAGUAUUCACGCGCCGACAUAGUGUUUUGACAUCAAAGAAUAUUAACAUCAAAGAAAUUGUCUUUCAUUAUUCUUGUGUCUCCAAACUAAUAAAUAUAACAUUUUGGCCGCACACGUCUAACUUACAACGGCCCGGAAACGGAAGUCCUAUUAGCGCGAGUUUCGUAGAGUGAGAUUGAUAGUAUUAGAAGUAAUAAGAGGAGUAGGAUAGUGUUGUGUGAUUACAGGGAGUGAGUGGAGUGUGUGGAUGGUCGAGACAGAGUGGGGAGAGCAGUGUGCAAGCGAGAAAUAGCAUAUUAAUUAGAUAAGUCAGUGGACAACAGAGUAGAGACAGGGAGUAGGUAGGUAGCGUUAAGACGAGCGUGCGUGACGGGAGAAUAGAGUAGAGUAGAAAGCAGGAGCGCCGCUUGGAGGUUUAGAGGGGAGUUAAGACGGUUAAGGCGAAUUCAGAAGAAACAACGGGCAUAGUAUAGAGUAUGGAGAGAGGGAGAAGCGAUAGCUGUACUUUGAUAGGGGGUGCAAAGGGAAAUAAGAGAGUAGCAAGGUCACCGUCAGGAGAGGAGGGGGAUGAGGAUUAGAAAUUUAAGGACAUGAAAAGAUGAGAUAAUAGAGAAUCUAAAGGUAGUAAAGACGGAAAUAAAAGAGGAGUUGAAAAAGAUUGUAGAAGAGUAAGGAAAAAAGAUGAGAGAAGAUAUAGAGGUUUUAAAAAAAGAAAUUAGAAAGUUUAGGGAGAGGGAGAUUAGAUGGGAAAGAGAAAGAAAGGAGCUAGUGGACACAUAGGAGGAGUUAAAAAAAGGAUAGAGAAGAUAGAUACUGUAGGAGAUAGAGUGCUGGAAAAGAAGAUAAGGGAGAUAGAGAAGAAGUUGGAUUUGAAAGAUAGGGAAAAGAGAAGGAUAAAUGUUAUAAUUAGGGGGGUGGCGGUAAAGGAGGGAAAGAGGGGGAAAGCCGUAGAACGGGUGUUCAAAGGGAUAUAGGGGCAGAAGUGAUGGUGAAGGAGAUAAAAAGUAUAGAAGAAAUAAAUAAGAUCGCUGUAGAACUCGAGUUUUCUAAUAAUGAAAAAUUUGAAUUAAUUGAAAGUCUCGUUUAUAAGUAGGGGCUUGACAAAUCCCGUUUUGUAGUUCCAGAUUCCACGAUAACCAAUAUUAUCAGAGUUUAUCAUGAUAACAUGGCCCAUUGUGGCACGGAAAAAACUGUACAAGGCAUAGCUUCAAAUUAUUAGUUCCCUUCCCUUCAUAAGAAAACUCAAGACUACAUCGACAAUUGUCUUACGUGCAUUGUUAAUAAUACAUCGUUUAACACAUCCGAAGGUGAAUUGCAAAUAACGGAUAAGGCAACCGCUCCUUUUAACAUACUACGUUUUGCAUACUGAUCAUUUUGGCCCGAUCCUUGAAUCUUCCGAAGGUUUCAAGCAUAUUCUACUAGUCAUAGACGUUUUUACAAGAUUUGUAUGGCUCUUCCCAUGCAAAUUAACUACAUCUAAAGAAACAAUAAAACAUUUUACAUGGCUUUUCCAAGUUUUUGAGAAUCCCGACACAUUAGUUUCUGACAAAGGUACAUCAUUCAUUUCAUAUCAAUUUACAGAAUUCCUAAAAGCUCGCGGCAUUAAACAAACAUUAAUAGCUGUCGCAGCCCCAUGGGCUAAUGGAAUCAUAAAACGAAUCAACCGAUUCUUGAAAUCUUCGCUAAAAAAACUAAUUGACGACCAGUCUUCUUGGCACUCAUAGCUCGAAAGUGCUCAGUAUGUAACAAAUAAUACUGUCCAUUUAUCUUUGACGACUUCCUUUUCCAAAUUAUUUUUUGGUUAUGACCAACGUUGUCAUUCAGACAUUAAAUUAAUCCAAUUUUUGAACAAUCUGGCUAAAGUCGAAUUAAAUACAAAAGAUUCUCGGCAAGAGGCACAAAGCCUAGCAUCGGAAACUAUAGAUAGGAUAAAAUCCUAUAAUAAACAAUAUUAUGAUAAACAUCAUAAAAAGCCAACCAAAUAUAAUCCAGGCGAUUAUGAUGACACGAGACUCAGGUAUUAAACCCGGAAAAAGUAAAAAAUUCAAACCUAGUUACAAAGGUCCGUACGUAAUUAUAAGUCUUAAAUAAAAAUCGUUAUGUUGUUGAAGACAUACUUGGUUUCAACAUAACUUCUAAGCUUUACAAUUCCAUCCUUUCACCAGACCGUUUAAAACAUUGGAUUAAACUCAUUUCUACGUAAUUAUUUACACGUAUAUAAUCUAUAAAAUAUCUUUAUACGUCACUUACCUUUAAAUAAGUUAUAAACCAUUUUAGUUUUAAGUCAUUAGUUUAAGAUACAUAUUGGCAAAAUCCUCAAACUUUAUUAUUAUAUCAUAAUUAAUAGGUCCGAUUAAAAUCUGCUAUAAGUCUUUAAUUUAAGUCUUAACUCAAAUAAUCAUCUUUUGACACCUUAUGUCACACUCGUAGCAAAACCUGCUACAUUUGUAAUAUCAUUUAAUUAUAGGUUAUAGUUUAUAAGUUCAUAUUGGACUUCCGUUUCCGGGCCAGAGUAAGUUAGACGUGUGUAGUUGCAAACAGUGAGUUGAGUGUAAUAAGAGGUGUUAGAAAGGGGUAGGAGAGGGUAGGAUAGUCGGGUGGGAGUGAAAGAGAGCGAUAGAGAAUGUGUGGGUGGAUAGAUGAGUGGAGAAAGAGAGGAUAAGAGUGAUUUUACGUAUUAAUUAGGUGUCACGGGGAAUAACAGAGUGAAAGCAGGGAGUAGGCAGAGAGAAGACGUGCGUACGUGAGAGUGGGGGAGUAAGAGCGCCGCAUAGUGACAGAGUAGGGAGGUAAUAUAGAGUUAAGGCGGGUUCAGUAGCCGCGACAAACAUGACGGAUAGAGGUAGAAGUGACAGUUGCACUUCGAUUGAUAGCAUUAGAGGUAGCAAGAGAGUAGCUAGAUCGCCGGCGGGAGAGGACGGAGAGGAAUGGGAUAGGAAAUUAAGAGAUUGGAAAGAGGAGAUCGUUAGUAGCUUAAAGAUGGUUAAAUUAGAGAUGAAGGAAGAACUGAAGGAGAUUAUGGAGGAGCAGAGGAGAAAGAUGAGAGAGGAGAUAAAUGCGUUGAAAAAGGAAAUUAAUGAAUUCAAGGAGAGAGAAUAUAGAUGGGAAAGAGAAAGAAAAGAGUUAGUGGUGGCACAGGAAGAGUUAAAGAGAAAGAUAGAGAGAAUAGAAGUAGGAGGAGAUAGCGCAGUGGGAAAAAAGGAAAAGAGAUAGAGAGGAGGUUAGAGAUGAAGGAAAGGAAGGACAGAAGGAAGAAUUUAUUAAUUAAAGGUGUAGAGGUCAAGAAAGGGAAUAGGAAGGAGGCGGUAGAGAAGGUGUUAAGGGAGAUAGGAGCAGAGAUGACUGUGAAGGGAGUUAGGAGAAUAGAAGAGAGGAACAAAAAAGGGAGAGAGAUAAUAUGGCUGAAGUUAGAGAGUGAGGAACAGAGGAAAGAGGUGUGGAGUAGGAAGAAGACGCUGAAGGGUAGGGAAGAAAGAAUUAUGGAAGAUUGGACUUGGAAGGAGAGGAGGAUGAGAUGGAGGUUAGAAAAAAUAGCAAGAGUAGAAGAGGAAAGGGGAAAUAGGGUAUGGUUAGGAUAUGGGAGGAUCAGGAUAGGGGAUUAUUGGUGGAAGUGGGAUGAAGAGGAGGAAGUCUUGAGGAAUGAGAAAGGAGAGUUGAGGAUAGAGGAAGGGGGAGAAGGGAAGUAAAAUAGUUGAAUUAGGAGAAGGGUUAUUGUCGGUGGGAAUUAAGAUAGGAAAGGAAAGUUGGAGGAUAGUAGGGGUAUAUAUAAAGGAGGAAAGUAGGGAAGGAGCUAUGUAGGUACUGAGACAGAUGAUGAAAUCAAAGGAUGGAGAAACGAAGGUGAUUAUUGGAGGGGAUUUCAAUGCUAGAACCGGUAGAGAAGGAGGAGGUUGGGGGGGAGAAUUUGGAUGGUGAAGAUGGGGAAGAGCAGACUAGGAGAAUGUCCAAAGAUAGUAAGGCAGAUAAAGAAGGAAGAAAGCUAAUAAAAUUGAUAGGUGAAUGUGGAUGGGAAAUGUUAAAUGGAAGGAUGGUGGGAGAUGAGGAAGAGGAGUAUACGUAUGUGGGAGGUAGGGGAAGCACUGUGAUAGACUAUAUAUUAGUAGAUAGAGAGGCGAAAGAUAGAAUAGAAAAGAUGAGGGUAAUAGAUAAGGUAGAGUCGGAUCAUUUUCCAGUAGUGGCAGAGGUGAGGAGUGAGGAGAGAGGGGUAAAUGUAAGGAGGAGAGGCAGGGAGAUAAGAGGAGUCUGGGAUGAAGAGGGAAGGGAAUUGUUCAGGGGAGUUUUGGAGGGAGAGAUAAAGGAAGAAUAUGAACAGGAGGUAAAUGAGGAGUGGGAUAGGAUGCGGAGUAAAAUCAAGGAUGCAAUGGGGAAGACGGAGAGAGAGAGAAGGAAAGGCAAGAAGGUAGAAAGAGGUUGGUGGAAUGAAGAAUGUAGGGGGGUGAAGAGAUAGGUGAGGAGGGAAUGAAGGAGGUGGAGAAAAGGAUUAGAGGAUAGAAGUAAAUAUAUAGGGCUGAAAAGAGAUUACAAAGUUCUAUGUGAGAAGAAGAGGAGGAGAAUAGGAAGUGGGAGAAAAAAACAGAAGAGGCCAGGAAUGAGAGUGAAGUGUGGGAGAUAGUAAAUAAGGAUAGGAGAAAGAAAAGGAGGGUCAACGAAGGAAUAAGAAUGGAGGAGUGGAAAGAGUAUUUUAUGUGUUUGUUAGGUGGAGUAGAGGCAAGAGUGGUUAGAGGAGAGGAGAGAAAGGAUAGAGAUGGUGGUAGGAGAGAGGAGGAACAGGUUAUUAGCAAGGAGGAAGUAAGAAAGGUGGUGAGUAAUCUAAAAUUAGGAAAAGCGGGAGGAUUAGAUAGAAUUCCGAAUGAGGUAUGGAGGUGGGGGGGAGGAAGGUUAGAGGAGUGGGAUUUUUGAAUAGGGUAUGGAGGGGAAAAGAAUGGCCGGAGAAUUGGAAAGAAGGAGUAGUAGUACCGAUUGUCAAAAAGGAAGAGGGAAAGCAGGUGAAGGAGUAUAGGGGAUAACGUUAAUGCCCACGCUUUAUAAGGUAUACGCAAAAAUUUUAGCAGAGAGGUUAAAUGAAGAGAUUGAGGAGAAGGGAAUAAUCCCAGAAAAUCAGGCAGGUUUUAGGAAUAAGAGAGGGACAAUAGAUAAUAUUUUUGUAUUGAACUACGUAGUAAAUAGAAGUGUGGA